UUUUUAAAAUAACCCUUUCUAAUGAGGAUGACUGAUACGAUUAGAGUAAAGGAGGAAGGUGAUACAAUGAAAUGUUCAGAAGCCGAAUUAAAAGACAAUACUGCAGUGGAACACUUCAUAAGAUCAGAAAGUCAAGAGCAAAUUCAAGCAGAAAAGGUUGAAAAAUGUACCGAUAAUAAAAAUGAUGUACAGCGGCCAGUGCAGUCUUUUGGACAGACAGGAAAAAGGUCAAAGUCAAGUACAAAAUUAAAGCUAGUUCGGAGCCUGGCUGUGUGUGAAGAAUCUCCUCCACCUCCCACAGCUGAACUUUCGCAGGACAUCCAGGAAAAAAAUCAGAUCCAGUUAACACAGUUAUUUGAAAAGGAAGAGAAACCCUCGAAAGAUGAAGCUGAAAAGGAGAAGUCUGAUAAAUUACCCAGGAAAAUGUUAUCAAGAGAUUCUAGUCAAGAGUAUACGGAUUCAACUGGUAUAGAUCUACACGAGUUUUUAGUUAAUACAUUGAAAAACAAUCCCAGGGACAGAAUGAUGCUGCUGAAAUUAGAACAGGAAAUCUUAGAUUUCAUUGGGAAUAAUGAAAUCCCACGGAAAAAAUUCCCCCCAAUGACCUCGUACCAUAGAAUGUUAUUGCACAGAGUAGCUGCUUAUUUCGGCCUGGAGCACAACGUGGACCAGAGUGGGAAGUCAGUGAUCGUGAAUAAAACGAGCAGUACCAGAAUACCUGACCAGAAGUUUUGCGAACAUAUAAAAGAUGAAAAAAGUGAAGAUUUUCAAAAACGGUACAUCCUUAAACGAGAGAAUUCUAGUCUAGACAAAGAUGAUAAUCAGAUGCGAAUACGAUUAAAAGAUGACAGAAGAAGCAAAUCUAUAGAAGAGCGAGAAGAAGAGUACCAGAGAGCUAGAGAACGAAUAUUUGCACAAGAUUCGCUGUGUUCCCAAGAGAAUUAUAUUAUUGACAAAAGAAUUCAAGAGGAUGAAGCCAACAGUACCCAGCAAAGGCGACAGAUAUUUAGAAUCAACAAGGAUGCUUCAGGGAGGUCGGCAAACAGUCUCCAGAGCAGUACAGACAACGAGCUAAAGUACUCAGAACCCCGUCCAUGGAGCAGCACAGACUCGGAUAGCUCUCUUCGCAGUUUGAAGCCCCCUGUGACCAAAGCCAGCAGCUUCAGUGGGAUCUCUGUUCUGACAAGAGGCGAUAGCACAGGAAGCAGCAAAAGCACUGGCAGGCUAUCCAAAACAGGUUCAGAGUCUUCUAGUAGUGUAGGGUCAUCCACGGGUUCUCUUUCUCACACCCAGCAACCUCUUCCAGUCACAGCUCUCAGCCAGCCUUCUCAUGGCACAUCUGCCGUCUAUCCAACUAUCAGCACUAGUAGCUCUCUUUCCUUUGAUGGUGGCAUAAGUGGGCAAGUGGCGUCUUCUAGUGGUAGCUUCUUUUUGCUUCCCUUGGAAGCGGCAGGCAUACCACCUGGAAGUAUUCUGAUCAACCCUCAAACAGGUCAGCCAUUCAUUAAUCCAGAUGGCACUCCAGUUGUGUAUAAUCCUCCAAUGCCUCAACAACCAAUUAGAAACCAAGUGCCUGGACCUCCUCAGCCGCCGCCACCUCCCAUACCACCUCAGCAACAGCCAGCAACCAAUCACAUCCUCUCACAGCAAGACAACCUAGGAUCCCAACUUAGCCAUAUGAGUCUCUCCCGACAGCCAUCUGGAGAAGCUGCCGAUCCUCAUGCCAACAUGUUCCAGUCUACAGUAGUCCUCCAACCGCCACAGCAAUCUGGUUUUAUCAUAGCAACGGCCCCACCGCCGCCGCCCCCACCGCCGCCGCCCCCACCGCCGCCACCUGGCCAACCUACUCCUAACUACAGUGGAUCCAGCCACCCUGUUAACCAGCAAGUUCUUCAGCAACAGGGAUAUAUGCAGCAACCAAUGCCACAGAUGCCAGCCUGUUACUGUGCUCCAGGCCAGUAUCCACACUCCAGUCAACAAUAUCGGCCAGUUACUUCAGUUCAUUACAACACACAGCAAAACCAGCCACUGCCACAGCCUGCUCAACAGACAGGUUACCAAGUUAUGCCUAGCCAGCAGCAAAACUACCAGGGUUUAGUUGGUGUCCAGCAGUCACAAAACCAAAAUCUAGUUGGAGGCCAACCCAACAACAUUGGAAAUCAGAUUCAAGGAGUACUUGUUCCAUAUCCUCCCAUGCCAUCUUAUCAAGUCUCCAUGGCUCCAGUUUCCCAAGGACUGUCCCAACAAACAUAUCAGCAGCCAGUGGUUAUUCCCAGUCAGUCAAACCAAGGACUCCCCACAUCAGGAAUGCCCGUUUAUUAUAGCGUCAUUCCAUCUGGACAGCAGAAUAAUUUAAGCUCUUCAGUGGCAUAUCUUCAACCUCCAGGGUCAGAGCAGAUACAGUUUCCUAGAACAACAUCACCUUGUAAUUCCCAACAGCUCCAAGGACAACAGUGUGCAGCACCACCCCCCAGUGGAGGAAUGGUAAUGAUGCAGCUCAAUAUUCCCAAUAAUCCUCAGCCUCGGCCCCAUUCCCCUCCUCAGUGGAAGCAGAAUAAAUAUUAUUGCGAUCAUCAAAGAGGGCAGAAAUCGACAGAGUUUGGUUCAUUGGACAGUUGCCCACAGCUGCAACAUAGUCCACAAAUAGGUAGCCCUGCCCCAUCUCCAGCCCAGUCACCGGCACCAACUCAGCUCUCAAACAUGAAGAACAUCCGUCCCACUUUAACACCUCUUCCUCUUGUGCCCCCAUUCUCACGACAUUUCGUUCCAGGACAAGGAGAUGCCAGAUAUCCUCUACUUGGCCAGCCUUUGCAGUACAAUCCUUCUCUGCCACAUGGGCACAUAGCAGGUCCACAGUGUCAACCAGGAAACAGACAUGGAAAUAGAGGAAGAAAACCAGCUAAAAAGGCUGUUUCAGCUGAUCUUGGUGCGGGAGAACCAGUUAUAGGAAAAGUUUUGGAAAUUACUGAACUGCCAGAAGGAAUAACUCGUGUAGAAGCUGAAAAAUUGUUUGUGGAACUUCUUAAAGUCGGUGCCAAGAUUCGAUGGCUACGAGACCCUCCAUUGGUGCAGGUGCAUCAGCCACACCAACACCACCAUCGCUACUGUGGGAGCGGAGAUAGCAACGUAAACACGGAACCCUCCAAACUUAGUGACUUGGCAUCCACAUAUACAGUUCUGGCAACGUUUCCCACCAUGUCUGCAGCCCAAAAUGCAUUGAAGAAACAAAGUAACUCACUGAACAAGUUUAGGUUGAGAACAAGCAAGAAACAUUACGACUUUCACAUCCUGGAAAGAGCUAGUUCUCAGUAACGGUUACGGCACUGAACAUUCAGCCUUUAUUACUUCCAUGUCCUUAUCUCUCUUCUACUUGAUUGGCUUGAUGUUUAUGUUUUUUUUUUGUUAUUGUCUUCAUAAAACCCCUUGGAUGUCAGACACCAGUAAAGUCUUUUAAGAAUUAAACUCAGUGAUCCCGGAGAAGAUACAGGGGGGGGAAAUUAAGUAAAAUCAUCAACUUACAAAACAGAGCUGUGAUAAGAUAAAACGGACAGUCAGCCUUCUGUAAUGAAUGCUAUUAAAGAUCCCCUUUUGUAAUACUUUUGUUUUAUAUUUCCAAAUUCUUGUACCAGAUCCAAAGCUUUGUUGUACACCAAACUUUUAUUCACAAGGAAGAACCAUAUUCUUACCUGCAUUUUGUAAUCCCUUUGUAUAAAGCCAGCACGCUUCUCUCCGUUUAAGAGCAGGGAACUGGGGUGGGAAAAGAAAGAGGGAAGAGCUUCAAGGGAAUUACACUCUUUCUAGCCCAAUAUGCAAAAGGCAAAGAAAUUAGCUGAUUUUUUUCCCUCCCUUUUCUUCCUCUCCAAGAUAACAAGAGUCCUACAGUAACUACUGAAGACCUUCUCCACCCCUUCCCUUUCUAGAUUUCUUUAGGAAAUGUGAAUGGUAGCUGCCAAUAAAUUCUACUUUUGAGCGUCUUAUUUCUAUUCCAACAGAAUAAAUAUUAAAAAGGAACAAAAAUGACCAUCACCAACGAUUUUAACUGGAACCCAUUAGUUUUCGGUUAACGGUAAAAAGGUGACUCUCCAAAUGGUAAAAAGUUUGCACUUUAAUUGUGUUCCCAUCAAUAUGUUUAUUUCUUUACUUUUUUUUUUACUGUAAGAGUGAUCACAUUUGAUAAGUGCUGGAAACUUCUUAAGUGGUUUAGAUAUGUUUUUUUUUUCAUCAUUUGUAGAGGAUCACUGGACAUCAAACGAUUCAUUGCACAUAUAAAGGAGACACCUUUUUCAAUUUAUGUAUAAUUUGCAAGGCUGUACAAUGUGUGCUGAUGCAAGUUUGGGAAAA